CCCCUGCUGGCAGGAAGUGGUCAUUAUAUAGGGUUUCCGCCUCCGGCAGACAUAUUGCCGAACUUACCAGAGCAAAAUUAUUGAGCAUAAAGCGAGGGAAAAGGAUUUAAAACUUGAUUUAUAUUUUUCUAGACCGCGCCAUACACCUAAACAACAGAGUGCACAAUGGAGCCGUCAGCCAGUCCGGCCAAGGAUACCUCCCGGAUGAACCGCUACAAGAACAAGGCGCUCAACCCCGAGGAGAUGCGGCGCAGGCGAGAGGAUGAGGUCAUCCAACUCAGGAAGCAAAAACGAGAGCAGCAGCUCUUCAAAAGGAGGAACGUGGACGUCCUCACUGAAGAGGAGGCCAUGUUGGAGAGCCCCCUUGUGGACUCGCUCAUCAAUUCACCAGCAACUGAAGGUGUUAUCACCAGAGACAUGGUCGAAAUGCUUUUCUCAGAGGACCCGGAAUUUCAGCUCGCCACGACACAAAAGUUUAGGAAGCUUCUCUCUAAAGAGCCCAACCCUCCUAUUAAUGAAGUUAUAAACACGGCUGGAGUAGUGCAGAGGUUUGUGGAGUUCCUAAAGAGGAAUGACAACUGUACGCUACAGUUUGAAGCUGCUUGGGCUCUCACCAACAUCGCAUCAGGCACGCCCAUGCAGACCAAGACUGUCAUUGAAGCCGGAGCUGUGCCCAUUUUCAUAGAGCUACUUAAUUCUGACUUUGAGGAUGUGCAGGAGCAGGCUGUGUGGGCGCUGGGCAAUAUCGCAGGGGACAGUGCUGUGUGCAGGGAUUAUGUGCUCAACUGUAACAUCCUUCCACCUCUAUUAAUGCUCCUGACUAAAUCCACAAGACUGACCAUGACCAGGAACGCCGUGUGGGCUCUGUCUAAUCUCUGCAGAGGAAAAAACCCUCCGCCUGCCUUCGAAAAGGUGUCGCCCUGUCUCCCGGUACUCUCCAGACUUUUAUUUAGCAGCGACCCAGACUUGCUGGCAGAUGCAUGCUGGGCGCUCUCCUACCUUUCAGACGGCCCCAAUGACAAAAUCCAGGCUGUCAUCGACUCCGGGGUCUGCAGGCGCCUCAUAGAGCUGCUCAUGCACGUAGACUAUAAGGUGGCCUCUCCUGCCUUGAGAGCGGUGGGCAACAUCGUGACAGGAGAUGACAUCCAGACACAGGUGGUGUUGAACUGCUCCGCCCUGCCUUGUCUGCUGCACUUGCUCAGCAGCGCCAGAGAGUCUAUCCGCAAAGAAGCCUGCUGGACCAUCUCCAACAUCACAGCAGGGAACCGAGCACAGAUACAGACAGUUAUUGAUGCAAACAUCUUCCCGGUGCUGAUUGAAAUCCUCCAAAAAGCUGAGUUCAGGACCAGGAAAGAGGCUGCCUGGGCAAUCUCCAACGCCACUUCUGGAGGAACACCAGAACAGAUCAGGUAUCUGGUUAACCUAAACUGUAUCAAACCGCUCUGUGAUCUGCUCACCGUGAUGGACUCCAAGAUUGUUCAGGUGGCCCUUAACGGCCUGGAGAACAUCCUGCGGCUGGGCGAGCAGGAGGCCAAGCAGGAGAACAACGGCACGGGAGUCAAUCCGUACUGCAGCCACAUCGAAGAAGCUUACGGUCUGGACAAGAUAGAGUUUCUCCAGAGCCACGAGAACCAGGAGAUCUACCAGAAGGCCUUUGACCUCAUAGAGCACUACUUCGGCGUGGAAGACGAAGACAGCAGUCUGGCGCCUCAGGUGGACCAGGCCAAUCAGCAGUUCCUGUUCCCCCAGCAGGAGGCGCCCAUGGAGGGCUUUCAACUCUAAAGGAUAAGAUUUGUCCAAUUUGAUUGGGGAGGAGGAGUAGCGAUUUCUAGAUGUCAUACCUCCGUUCUCUAUCGCUGAUCUGAGACCACCUGUACCCCGACUUACAGCGCACACACACAUCUUGCUGCCACUGUUUUUUUUGUUUGUUUGUUUUUUUGGGGGCGGGGGUCUGUUAGUGGCAGUAAUGAUAAGAAUAUUUGUAGGCAUUUUGAUGAGUUUCUUUUCCAAAUAGGACAUUCCUACUUUGAGGAAAGGCACCCACCUUCUGGAUAACGGCCUGACUUAGUGCAAUUUUGCAAAUGUACUUUAAAGCUCCCUUUUUACCUCCUACCCUAAACACUUACUGGGUUUUAGGUCACUUUUCUUUUAUGGAAAGCACUUUUAGGAGAGGCUGACGUCCUCAAGGGAGGGAUCAAAAUCUACGCAGGGAAGGGGCGCAAACUGACAUGACUUUGUUUUCAUCAGGAUAUUUUUUGUGUGGGAGGAAAAUGUAGAUUAAAUCUGCACUUGGGGGUGUUUGUGGGCAAGGUUUACAAGAUCUAGAAAUGUCAGGGGUGGUUUAGUUAGGUAGCGAUCAAAUGCUCGUGGUGUGUUGUGUUACUAAUAAGAGUACAUUUGAGAUAGGAGGUGAUCUAACAAGGCAGAAGGAAAGAGGGGGCAGCAGUAGAAGCAAUGUAGAUUUACAGAGAAAGGAUACCAGAUUAGUCAGUUCGAACACGAUGCCCCCUUCCUGUCUGCAUGUAGUCGCAUGGUGUUUUGUCGCACGCCGCCUCUGCACAUCCUCAGCCACGGAACAGGAAGCGGGUGUCUGGCUGUUAACUACUAAUAGUGUAGUGAUGGUGUCAUGUACUACAGUGCUAGUGGAUGAAUACCAUUCAGACUAUUUGCAUGUUGUCAACCCAUGGGACCUCUUCCGGCCCCGGUGGUGGGAGAUGUGCCAGCAGACAGCGGUGAUUCAAAAGUGUAGUUUCAAUCGGGUAAUAUUAUUUGCGUUGAUAUUCAUGUAUUUGUUUGCACACAAACACACACACACACUUGCAUACAACACCUGCACAUGCACACGUCACACUGAUGAGUGGCUACUAGCAAGAUCAUUUAUGUAUGGAAAACCAAAACGUUUUCCGUCUUUAUUUAAACUAAAGUUUGUAAAUUAGCUUUUUUUUUUCCUCUCUUCUCGACAAACAUUCAAAAUGUAUUCGAAACGCAAAAAAAAUCUUUAGUACCAUGAAAGUGCGACGGUAUAAUAGGACUGUUGGGGAAAAACACUAAUGCUAUAUCAUGCAAAAGUGAUGAGAAUAAAGUUGUAAUUUUGCAACAAAAAAAAAAGGUUGUGAUUUUACACAAAAUAAAGAUGCGAAUAUAAAAGUCACAAUUUUUUACUAUAAAAAGGUUGAUUUUGCAAGAUUAAGCGGUAAAAUGAAAAAGUUACACUUGGGUAAAUCUCACACAAACAAAGCAAUGCUGGUCCCAGAGUGUUGCGUUCAAGUCUUUAGCUCAAAUGGACAUUUUUAAACUUUUGUUGUUAUUCUGAAGCACAAAAAUAUUCUCUAACAUGACUUUAUUCUUGUAAGAUUUGAUAAUUAAAAAAAAAAAAAGUAAUUCAACUUAAUUUCCCAGACCUUCAUACUAAGGAUAAGGUAUUUUCUUCUGAAAAACUUUUUUUUUUUUUUUGGUCAUUGCUUUUAGCCACUAUGACUUAUGAUUAUUGGAAUGAGUGCGGACGCACUAAAACAGAGCGUUAGUGUGGUCGCGUGAUGUUUGAUGACUAAGUAGCACCGAGUGAGGACGGGCUUGUUUGCUUGACGGCGUGACUUUGUAGCCUUAAAUGUUUUGUGGGGGACUUUUAGGUGGUCCCCGUUAAUAAUCACUUGUCGAAAUGUUCUCCACAGAACACGUACGCUCCUAGAAGACCUCCAUCAAUAACGUUAAUAGCCUAUCAACAGCGUCCCCACAUGACAAAUGUGUUCGAGCAGGAUUUAUCAAGAAAGGCUUUGAUUUUGUGGAAAAAUUGUGACGUUGAAAUAGUUUUUCUUCAAAACUGCACUCUAUUCACUAAAGUGCCAAUCUGACCAACAAAGACUGGAGGUUCUUAUGUAUCUGUCUUGGACCUAUAGAUUUAUUUUCCUUUAUAGAUAUAUCUUUUAUUUACUUGAAUGUGCACACGUACUGUGCAAAAAAAAAAAAAUUAAAAAAAAAAUGCUGCUCUAUUUUCUUUACCUUUUUUUUUUUAAGUUACAUUAUUUUGCCACUGGAAAAGUUGGCUUUCUUUACUGUGGGCGCCUGAAUAAAAAGUGACGCAUAGAUCUGGCCCCUCUUGGGUAUAUUGCAGUCUACAAAAUGCAAGUAAACCAUUUCUGGCACUUUCCUUCAAGUUUACCAAAGUUGAUCUACCUAAAUUGGAGGCUGUGAUGUUUAGUUCCCAACACCUGCUUCCUGCAGGUUAUUCAAAGUGCUCCAUUUCUGGUUGAGGGUGUUCAGAAAAACAAAAGCAAACCCAGAAGACUGCAAUAUAUCAAAUAAAAUAAACAGGCCCUCUUGAGGCAAAGAUGACAUCUGUUCAUACUUGACAUUUUUCUAAGUUAUUAAAAAAAUCUGGGAUUCAUAAAUGUGCAGUGAUUUCCAUGAAAAGGUAUUAUAUGUAUUUUCUGAUACAUUGACAGGGAUUCACAUGCAAUCACUUCUGAGAAGUGGAUUUUUGGAAUAUUUCACAGGAAAAUGGGCUUUUUUUUUCUGAUGGGGGAUAUUCUGAGAUAUAUUUUUGGAUAAUUGUGUUGAGAAUUUUAAAAAAGCUGCCUAAUAUUCCGGAAAUAAUGGUCAAGAUUAAAUCGUCAUCACACCAAAACAUCACAAUCAUGACUUUAUAUGUCUUCCGUCCUGUAGAAACUGUGUGGCGUUUGUGUGAAAUGUAUCAGAAACAAACGCCACGCGUGGCUUAGUCACAUCAUGUCGUCUACAACGCUGCAAAUGUUUACAAUGUUUGUAUACAACUUUUCAUGUAGAACAUCACUGACCAGUCCUCUUUAUUGUGUCUACUCUGGUCCUUUUCAUUUCUUUUUAUUUAUGUCCUCUUUUCUUUUCUCUAUUUUUUUUUUUUUUUUUUUUUGCCCCAAUUUUCUUCAAAAUUACCCCUAUCUCUCUUAAACUGUGACUUUGACUUGACUUGACUUAACCGACGGUAUGAAUGAGUGAUGAAAAAACACUUCCAGUGAACAUGACACACAAACAUGAACAUGGGGGGAAACAUACAGUAUGUAAAAAAUGUAAAGGUUUGAAAUUAUUCAGUGAAUACUGUAUGAAAAUAAAGAUGUAGGAAAAAAAAGUUUGCGCAUACUCUUAUGUGUUCACAUUUUGUCAUACCCAGUUGUGUAAUAACACCUAUUUUAAAAUAUAUUUUUUAUUGCCAAGUACAUUUCCACAU